GUUUCCUAUUUGACUGAUGAGCGCAGACACUUCGGCUUUUUGUACGCAGAACGUCACCAGGACCCGAGAGAGAGACGCGUUUGCCCUUCCGUGUGUUUACCGACGACAAUAAGUUGACUGAAAAACUGCGCCUUUAAUUUUUUACGAACCGGGGGAUGUUUAUUAGGUCGUUUUCAUCCCGCUGCAGUAUUUUAUUUUUAUUCCCGACAGGUUGAGUCAACUGAGAGAAAUGGACGAUGGAAGCAAACAGAACACAUUUGGAAGCGGACAACCGAGGACUCAACAUCCCAGACCUUUCUUUUAUGUCCAGCCGCCGUCUCAACCGUAUUACCUGUACCAGCACUGGCAGAUGAACAACCCGUACGGAGCCUACGGGGUGCCUGGAGGUCUUAACUUUGGCCGUCCCUGCAUGAACCCCUACCAGUACAUGCAGUAUCCUGGGUAUGUCUUCCCACAUGCCCCGAUCUACCCAAUGGACUACCGGCGAAUGUUUGAGCCCCGAUUCCAUGCGCCCGGCUGGAAUGACAUGCCUCGCCAUCAGCAGCAGCAGCAGCAGCAGCAGCAGCAGCAGCAGCAGUACCCGUAUCCGCAGCAGUAUCCUCAGCAGCAUCAGCAGCAACCACAGCCGCCGCCGCAGCAGCAGCCCCCCGGGUUCCGGGAGACGGCCUGCUCGGAGGCCCAAACCGACCCCAGCGACGCCAUCACCAAGCUCAUCGAGUGCCUGGACAAAAUCCGCGCCACCGAGCUGCAAAGUGCAGAGAGGGAACUGGACUCGGGCGUGGCCUCGCAGUCCUCCGGGAUGUUCUCUCCGGUGGAAGAGAAGAAGAAGAAGCUCAAGGAGCUCGGUCACGUGCUGCCUGCGGUGCCCGAUGACGACCAUGACGACGGCGCCGACGGCCGCCGCCUCCCAGAGUCCCCGGUCGUGACCUUCGGCAACUCCUCCUCCUCGGCGGCGGUGUACGACGGCGAGUCCAGCCGGAGGAGCUUGGACGGGCUGAGCCCUCGGGGGUGCUGGUCGGCGGUCCUGGAGGAGGAGGAGCUGCCCCUUGAUAGCUCCUCCGUCCACGAGGAGGAGCAGGCGGACGCGCACCUCCUCCCUCUGGAGAAAGCGGAGGUCGCCGGCAUCCGGUCAGAUGUCUCGGCGGCCGACGCCAGUGUUCCCCACGGCGACGCCGAGGAGCUCCCGAGGCAGAGGGCGGAUCCAAUCGCGCCUUCCUCCUCGUCCUCCUCUUCUUCCCCCUCGUCCUCCUCUUCUUCCUCUUCCUCUUUUACCUCCAAUCAGCCGGGUCUGAAAGACUGCAAAAGUGGCGUCAAAGUCUCACCGACUGACCGGAGCUAUCGGAUCCUCAAGCUGCCUUUCCAGAGCGUCCUGGCGCCGGUGGAGGCCGCGGCCGGCCGCCUCCCCUCCCCGACGGCGCCCUACUACUACAACUACCUCUCCAUGCAGACCACCCACGAGCGCAUGAGCGUCCUCAGUCCCUCCCUGGACGAGCUGUCCUCCCGAGACGAGAUGUUCUCCACCGACCUGGACGACGCCGACCUGUUCCCCAAGCGCGUCUACGCGGGCCGCAGGCUCCCGGAGGUCGGCGUCGGGUCCCCGAAGGCCGGCGACGCCGCGCCCGGGGAGGCGCGGCCGCCCGGCUCGAAGAGGUCCAUGUGUGCCUGCUGCGGGAAAAGCCUGGCGAAGGGCACCGCCAGGAGCAAAGGGCACGCCCCCAAGGCGUACAGGGACGAAGCCCAGAGAGACUCUGAGGAGGAGGAAGAGGAGGAUGGCGGCCGGUAUGGGAGAGGGUGCGAGCAGCCGGUCAGAGUGGUCGUGAGGAAGCAUUCCGCACACAGGAAGCCCCACGCCGCCCCGCUGAGGCACGCGCCCAAACCCUGGUACAAGAGAGGCCAGGAGCCGUCCGACCCGGCGCCCCGGGAGGAAGCUCCCGAGGGCCACGAGCUGCCGCCGCCGCCGGAGGGCGAGGCCGCGGCCGCAGAGGCGGCGGGCUGCGAGCUGCAGUGCAGACCGUGUGCGGACAGACUCUGCAGAGAAGAUGUGACCACGUCGGACCAAGGCAGGUACGGAGACGGGGACGUGGCCCCCAGGAGGAGACCGGCCAACCUGCCGCAACGACAAGAGCCGAGCGCUCAGAGGAAGGCGCCGUUCCACCGGGCGAGAGACGAGGACGAGCCGCCGCACUGGGAGAGAGGCUCCACGACGAGAGAACCGAGAUGUUGACGCCGCCAAAGUGUGUUGAACUGUCCCCCCCAAAAGGUGUAAAUUGUUUCAGGAUAAUGUGUUUAAAAAUAUUUCGAGCACCAGGUGAAAUUGCACAGCACAAGGAAUCUUUUUUUUUGAGAUAAAUUCGAAGAGAAGAUCUGUAUGAAGACACACUGCCUCGCACUGGUUUAUGAAUUUCACACACGGGCAAAUGGGCUGAACGGUUGUGUUGCAGAUGGUGUGCCACAGUUUGGGGCCAGUCCAAUAAAAUAUUCAUUAUUUAA